UGUGUGUGUGUGUGUGUGUGUGUGUGUGUGCCAGUGCCCCUCCUCCUCUACGCCCCUUAUUGUUUACCGUGUGGGCGUGUCUCUCGUGUUGCAGGCGAGCAUCGAGCAUCUUCCCUUUUUUUUUUUUUCUUUCCUCCCAGUGAUUGCCCGUUACUUUUUUUUAAAUGUGAUGUUUCCUCGCUCGUCGCUAUGGACGUGAGGAGCCUGCUGGGCAAAUGUUUGCCGCUCGUCGUCGUCGGCUUGUCGUUGGACGUCGUCGGCCUGACGCUCCUGCUGGUCGGCGUGUUCGCGGACGUGCGCGCGGCCGACGGACAGUUCUACGGCGACUUCUUGAUCUUCACGGGCGCGCUCAUCAUCUUCAUCAGUUUGGGCUUCUGGGUUAUGUGGUACGCGGGCAACGCCCGCGUCGCGCCGGACGACGGACGCGACCUCCGCCGGGCGGCCGGCCUCGCUGAGCGCAUCGUCCGCAAGCUGUCCGAGAGGCUCAGUCGGAAAAUGGCCGCAACGGCGGGCGCGAGUACGGCCAGCGACACGCGCGCGCACGACGCUGAGCUCGCGGGAGACACGAAACCUCACCAAGCCAGCAGGGUCACUUGGGGAAAGGCCACCGUUCACAAGGAAGUGGACUUACAAAACUUUAACAGCAAUCAAGAACAGCGCCACGUGAACAACAACAAAAGAUACGGCCAGGAAAAAUACCAUAACGGAUACGAUAAUGGCACGUACGCAAAGGAAAACUACGAUGACAAGGUCGGUUACAACAAACAACAGUGCGAAGCGUACAGCCAUGAAAAGUGUGCUGAUAAAGAAGCACACAACCAGGAAAACUACAAAGAGGAAGGAUAUGACAAUGAAGGUUAUGAAGUCGUUGACUGUGACAACAAAUAUGAAGGUGAACAUGUGUAAUGCUAACAACAACCUUGAAUAACUAUUGUCGGCCUCUUUAUCAUUUCUUAAUAAAAAAAAAAAAAACAAGGAAUGAGCAUUUCAAACGACUCGAAAAUCAUCAUUAUAUCAUCAUCUUUAACAAAUAAAUUGGCCAAAAAGAAAGAUUAAUCUAAUCCCAACAAUUUUCUUCUCGGCAAUAAUAGUCGAAUUUCAGAGCCCCUCACUCACAAUUUUGGACCCUACGUGUCUAAAUGUGGAUAUUUUCAACUGAAACUUCUCAGCCAAUGGGAGAAGGCCUUUCCCAAGUUGCAAACAAAACCAAAGGGUUGAGGAAAUAUAUUGAGAAAUAAUCCAGUUAUACACUUUCAAUCUAAUUUGAGGGUGUUUUUUUUUUUGUUUGUUUUUUUACCAUCCAUCCACUUUCUGAGCCACUUAUCCACACAAUGGUCACGGGAGUGCUGGAGCCUAUCCCAGCUGUCAUGGAAACCACAUGGGCGGGGCUGGGAUUUGAACCCUUUUCCUCAGAAAUGUCAGGCCAGCUGCAUCACUGUCUUUUUUUUUUUUUUACAGGCGGUAUCACCCAAAAAAAAAAAAAAAACAACAAUGGCCAUCAUCUGAUUUUUAACAUUCUUGAUGUGCUGGAGUCAAGUUGAAGUGAUCAUUCCAACCAGACUGAGGGUUUUGACAGACUGAUUUUUGGCAAAUCUUGUCUUGGAGCGACCCUAACACAACCACAAAAAAAAAAAAAAAAAAAAACUGAUUGAAUUUUUUUUAAACUAUGAAAAGGAAGGAUAUAACAAUGACAGACAACAAAGAUGAAGGCAAGCAGCUGUGACGCUUAAUUACCCUUUAUAAACUACUACGACAAAACCACAUAAACUAUAACGAUGGACAGAGGACAUGAUAAUGAAGGAUACAAGAAUGAUGAAUACAACAAUGAGGCAUUCAACCGUAACAGCUACAGUUUUGGAUAACAAAGAUGAAGGUGGACAACACUGACACUAUAUGAACACAAACAACAACCUUUAAUGACUAUUUUUGCACAUUAUUACAAUCAUUGGAAAUGUCUCCUUAAUGUUAUUUUAAUCAGCCGUCAAUAAUAACCUUGUAACAAAACAGGUAACCUUGAAUUGGAGCCCACACCUCCCAGGUUUCUGUGGCGCCCCACACAGCAAAACAGCCGAGUCAUAUUUGCUUUUUGAUUUUCCAUCAUGGUCAUGUGACACCCCGCCAACCGGUUGGGCGUUGUAAACUAAACAAACACCAGGUUCCUGGAACAUGCGCACACACACACACAAAACGACAGCGUCAAACAGGCAAACCCGCACACUUCUUCCUUAAUAAAGUGGUAACGUUCCUCACGUUUUAUGGAAUCCACUAAUACCUUAACUUACAAGUGCUCCUGAUUAAGGAGUUUUUCAAGUUAUGUGCCGCCGCUUUUUUGCUUUGUGUUGCAAGCCAAAAUUUUCGUGACGAAUGAGCUUCAGAUAGGCCACCGCUCAAGUGAAGCAACAAAAAUGGAGAAGCAGAGGUAUGCAAGGGGAGCCACAGCAGCCAGUGUAAAGUGAUGGAGCGGAGUCAGCGGAUGCUGAGGCACGCUGUGUGAGGAGGUCGCCGGCUUUCAGCUGACUCAAUUGCUACAGAAAUCCUAACUUUACUUGGCCUUCAGAUUAGCUCAAGAACAGAACACAGAGGGCUUCAUGGAAUGGGCUGGAAAGGGGGGUUUAUCGUGUGGGGUUGAUUAUCAGGAGCUGGGCUUGGGCCCUUAGUUCUACUGAAAGGAACUCUGAACACUCCAACAUAUCGAGAGAAACUGGACAAUUCCAUACUCCCAACUUUGUGGGAACAGUUUGGAGCUGGCACUUCCUCUUCCAACAUGACAGCAACAGUGCACAAAGCAAAGAUGAGCGAGUCUGGUCUGGAUGAAUCUGACUGACCUGCAGCACACUGUCCUGACCUCAACCCAAAAGAACACCUUUUGUUUUGAGUUUGAGCAGAGACUGGGAGCCAGGCCUUCUUGUCCAACAUCAGUGUGUCACCUCAAAAAUGUGCUUUGGGAAAAAUGGUUAAAAAAAAAAAAAAUCCUCAGCGCAUUCUCCUAAACCUUGUGGAAAGGCUUCACAGAAGAGUCAAAGCUGUCCUACCUGACAAGAGUGUGGCAAUAUUGACAAGGAAGGGGAGGUCACUUAAAUUCAUACUUUAAAGAGAACCAAGUCUUGUUUUUCUUGACCAAGAAACGGUCUUAUGCUAACGAAAAUGGAUUUUCCUUUAUCCAUUUUCUAUCGCACCUGUCCUUAUUAGAGUUUUGGGUAAAAUGGAGUCUAUUCCAGGUGACCUGCGACAAAAGUUGAGAUAAACCCUGGACUGAUCUCUCAACUUCCAUCCAUUUUCUGAGCUGCUUAUCCUCACAAGGGUCAUGGGAAUGCUGAAGCAUAACACAGCUAUCAUCGGGCAGUAGGUGGGGUACACCAUGAACUGGUUGCCAGCCAAUAGCAGGGCACAUAGAGACAGACAACUAAUCACACUCGCAAUCACACCUAGGGGCAAUUUAGAGUCUCCGAUUAUUGCAUGAUUUUUGGGACAUAGGAGGAAACCGGAGUGCCCAGAGAAAACCCACGCUGGCACGGGGAGAACAUGCAAACUCCACACAAGCGGAGCCGAGGUAUGAACCCCGAUCCUCAAAACUGCGAGGCCAACAUUCUUAACUAGUUUCUCCAUCGUGACGCCCUAUAUAUCCCAUUCAUGGUUCACCACUCGCGCCCUGCAUGUUCGCGGAUGUUGGUCUCCCAAGGUUUUUUUGUUUUAAUUUACCAUAUUUUCAUGAUCAUAAAGGCCCUAAAUUCUAUUCUCAAUAGAUGAGGUACCACAUUAGACAUGGUGCCUUAUUAUGUGCACACUGAGUUCCAACAUUUGCAAUUGUCCAACAAAGUACAUUUGAACACACUGGUUACACUGUUAGCAUGCGUGCCAGCGUGUUGUAAGCUACCAUCCCCAUGAAUAACGGGUAACACUCUAUAUAUAUCUUAUAUUGAUUUGACAGACUUGUAAACAACACUCUUCUCCGGUAUGCGUCAAAUUGACCAGAUGUUUCUUUGUUCAGUUUACUGGGCCUUUAAUUUUUUUUCCUUGCCCCUGAAAUUAAACGGUAAUGUCACAUCCAAGGUUGUCAAUAGAAAGCUCCAAAACAAAAUUUCCAACCCCCAAAAAUAAAAACCUUGACAAUGAUAAUCGGUCUGUGAAGGACAUCAUUUAUACUUGUGGUCUUAAUACUGCAUUUAUUUGUCAAUAUUAGAUGAACAUACUGGAACAGUUUGGUGAAGGUGAAUGUUGAAUAGAGCAGACAUCCUUCCUCUAUGUACUCCAAAUCCAAAGCUGAAGUUGUUCCCGCUGUCACUGUCAGCGCUCUUAGCCUCAGGGGGUUCUGCUGCACUCCAUUCUGAGGUGACGGUCUUCUUGUGACUCACAUUUAGAAAGUCGCUGGCACAUUUUGUCAGGCCCUGUAACUCUCUGCAACCUCAGUUUUUAAAAGACAGAAAUACCCAUGCAGCAAUUUCUCCUUCUGACUUCCCUUUGAAUUAAUUGAUUGAGAAAGGAUUAGCAGAGAGUCAUGUUUGUGUGUAUACCUGCUUUAAAGUCAUAUGUGACAAUAACCAGAGUGAAAAGAAGGGACUUUCGAGAGAGAAAGAGAGAGAAUGGGUUGAUGUGUUGGAGGAAAAGAACAACCUGAGGAGAAAUGAGCCAGAAAGAGGAAGACGAGGGGCUGAGAUUUGAACACCGGUCCUCAGAACUGUGAGGCCAACAAUCUAACCACUUGCUCCACCGUUCCUCCCGGAUUCUCGACACUGUCAGGAAUUAAUUUUUUUAAAAGGGGGAGAUUUUGGCUGCGAUUUUAUGUUGUUAUGCUGACUGGCGGUGUGAGGCAGUCAAAAGUCAUCAGGAAGGAGCGAAACAAGUCGGCCCAGCACAAGAAUGAAGAUGGACUUCUUCAUGAACCGGUCCUUCCACUCCAGGAUUCUUCAGGAGUCCCGUGAGGAGCGCUGCCAGUGUCAAAGCAGCCCGUUCGGCCUCGGCUCAUCUCGCUUCGGCCAUGGAGACCAACAAAUGCACGUCUUUCUUCCUUGCUCUGGCCGUGUUCCUGGACGUGGUGGGCUUCCUGCUUUUCCUCGUCGGUAUCUUCGCCCCGCUGAGCUACUGGGACUUCUUUGUGUUCUCGGGACCUUUGCUGAUCUUCCUCAGCCUCUUCCUGUGGAUCUUCUGGUACAUGGGCGGCCUGGUGGUGCCUGAGGAGGAGCUCAACCUGCCCAAAAGUGACAUCCUGUGAGCCUUCUGAAUGGGGAGACACCCAGACGCUCGUCUCCUGGCUUCAUCCGACGGCAGCAUACGCAUGCGACAAUGUCACACCAAACGUCCACCAGACGGAAAAAAAAAAUGGAGAAUGAAGGAUACAAGGAAAGGUUCCAAACCUUGUAAUGAAGGAACAUUUUGCCGGAUCUCUUUUUGGCAUUUAUCACACUUGACUGAUUAUCAGGAACAUUUUGAGAUAUCUUCAAGAUAACAAGAAAAGAUUCAUUUUUGGAAAUAACUGACAAAGGGAAGGAAGGGGAAUCCCUCAUUUUGUCAUCCCCUCUCAAGUUUUCUUUUUUCACCUUAAUUGGGUUGUGAUUUUCCAGGCCCGGAUGGGGGUCUAGUUCAAAGGAACUUGUUGAUAAACUAGAUUUGAUAUGAAAUCACUAACUAACAACACCGAAAGAUAACUUCACAGACAAUGUAUAAAGAACUGAAAUGUCCACCAUGUUAAGAAUGAUAAAAAGCACACCCGAGUUAAAAAAAAAAAAAAAAAAAGAUUUAUUUGCUGGUUUGCUAUUCAACUGCUUUUAACUUUCUGAACUUUGGGGAAACUACAUUGACUAUUUUAUUCAAGUAAAAGAAAGAAAGACAGGACCACUUAAACUACCAUUAGUUAUGAUUUAAUCCUCUGGUUUCCAUGCCCUGAUCAAAAAGGUCCCGACAUGUCAUUGCAGCAUCAAAAGGGCUUUCCAGUUGUGUCAUUGAUAAAGACCGAUUGCACCUGUCUCUCGAGGUCCGGGUCUCUGUAUCUAGAUGGUCAGGAAAGUGAAAAUGAAGGACGUGAGAAGGAACAUUUUGUUGGAUCUCCCGUUGAUGUUUGUCACACUUGACUUUUGAGAUUGAUCCACUUUGAUGAUCACGACAAGAUGGAACCACCUAGACCAGUGAUUUCCAGCCUUUAUGGAGCCAAGGCACUUAUUUUACAACUGAAAUAUUGCACGGGAAACCAACAAACAAAAAUGCCACAAAAAAGUGGAUAAACUGAUUACAGUACUCUCUCCUAUCUAAAAGAAACCCAUUUAUUUGUUGAAAUCCCUCACUGGCACAAAUAGAUGAACAAAGACAUUAUUUCUUGUAAAUAUUUCUUACAGCAACUUCGUCAAUUUUUAUCAAUUCCCACACCACACCUGAAGGGUGUCCAUGGCACACUAAUGUGCCCUAGUACACUGGUUGAGAAUCACUGAUUUAGCAAGACGCUAGUAUCAUCAUCUUGCACUACACUUUUUCACACAGACAAUUUCAUGUUUUUUGUGAAAAUGCACCUUACAUUGUUGAAAUGUUCAGGGGAACUUGGAAAUGUUCUUACUUGUUGAAAUAAAAGCUUCUUGACCAACUGUUUUUCAUUGCAGGCUACAUACUAGUAAUGGAAAACUGAUAUAAUACAUUGUUGCCCCUGCAUGUUGUUGCUCUUACAUAUUUUUUUUAACAAAGACAUUGAGUUUGAAAUCAGAAGUAAUGGAACACAGCAAAAAACAAAUAUAAAUAUUAUUGUUUGCAUUAUGUUGAGAAGGGAUUUGUAGUAUUUGUAAAAGAGA